ACUUAAGCCUAACAAGUAGCAAAAGAAUGUGAUAAAGUGAUGAAGAUCAUUUUAUGGAUGGUUACAUAAACUCUGAUAAACUAAGAUACCAGAAGUGAUUGUCUCACAGAUUCUCUGGAACCAUCAUUACCCUCAUGUUGUGACAAGCCCACGGAGGACGCCAGCUUUUAUACUGCGAGCAGGUCUCAUCUCACCAGAUCACUUUCACUUUUUGAGGAAUUUGUUCAUGUUUUUGUCCUCGUCUGCGGAAUGAACAAUGAGAUGACUCUGACCUCUCAAAAAGAAGGUGUUUAGGUCUUUUAAAGGAGAUCGAGGGUUUCAGUGUUGACUUCAGAGGAUCUUCUUAAAAUAAGGAGCAGUUGAUUAACCAGAGAGAUCGGACUGCGUUCGUAGCUGAAAUGAAUUCGACUGGUGCCACCAUGGGGACGAAUACAACUUCGAUGCACUGUUUAAUGUCGUCCACAGAAGAUUUUGUAACUCUGUUCCAGCGUGUUUUGAUGAUCCUGGAGAUGGUCGUGGGCCUGCCAGCAAAUAUUGUGGCUUUGUGCAUUUUCUGUUUCCGCAUGAAAUAUUGGAAACCCCACACUCUCUUCCUCUUCAACCUGGUUCUGGCUGACUUCGUGCUCCUCAUGAGCGUGCCCUUCCGCAUCGACGCCAACCUCCGAGGGGAGAACUGGGUGUUUGGACAAGCCUGGUGCCGCAUUAACCUCUUCAUGCUGUCUGUCAAUCGCUCUGCCAGCAUUGCAUUCAUGACAGCCGUGGCAGUGGAUCGCUACUUCAAAGUGGUCCAUCCGCUUCACUGUGUCAGCCGGAUUACUUUAACUCAGUCGGCCUGGCUCGCAGGCCUGAUUUGGAUGCUUGUGACCACCCUUCGGAUUCCGCUGUUGACCAUCAACCUCCUCCACCAGAAUGGCAACAUCUCCCUGUGUCGCAGCUUCAGCUCCUACACUGAAGUCCAUUGGGCGAUAAAAGUGCACUACGUGGCCUUCAUUGCAGAGUUCUUGCUGCCCUGGUUCUUGUUGCUGUUCUGCUCAGCCCGGAUUACCUGCUACCUGCUCAAGCGGCAGGUGGGCGGGCAGAAGAAGGUACGGAAGGCCAUCCUAGCAGUUGGGGUGAUUACUUUGGUGUUCACCGUCUGCUUCAUGCCCAGCGUCCUCACAGGCAUCGGCGGCAUGUACAUCAAAUAUUUCCACCCAGAGGACUGCACGUCCUACAAUCAGAUCACCCGGCUAUUUGUCCUGUGCAUCGGCUUCACCUACUUCAACAGCGCUCUGGACCCUGUCAUCUACACUUUCUGUAGCUCCGUGUUUCGUGAUGCCUUCAAGAGCUUCUUCAGCCACCUGGGCUCUGUGAAGAAGAAUGUCAGAGCAGACAACACAGUGACUGAUGAACAGCAGAAACUAUCAAAUUAUUGAUGCCUUGAGGAAGAUGCUGAGCCACUCUGAUGGUAUAACAAGUGCUGGGAAAGUUACUGAAAAAUAGUAAUUAGUUACUGUUACUAAAAGUUAGUCAGUUACUAAAGAUACGUUUCUCUGCUUCACGUCUGCUUCUGUGCUCUUGUACUGUUAUAUUAUAUAUAUUGUUUAGUUAUUAAUACUCCCGACCACCAGAGGGCAGCAACCAAAACCCAUGCAGAUGUAAACCAAGCCCCCAGGAAGAGCGCCAGGCUUUGACAUAGUGGCCGAACCAUGUAAGUACAGCCCAUAAAGUUACAGUGUGAAAGAAGAGCAGCACAACCGCCUGUGAAAUGCCAUUUUGAAAGUCUAGAAUAUCUAAAAGAUUAAGUUAUUUAUCUCCAUUCAAGUUAGCAAAAGGCUAAACAGGAAAUUAGGGCCACUGUAGAGCCCGCGCAGUAGAGGCUUUUUUGGCUUCACACGCCACUGAGCAGCUUUCCAACGCUGCCUCGAGUUCUCUCUUUAUACAUCCACGAUUUAAAUAAUCACUAAUGACGUUAGAUCAUAAACUGGAAAGUCAACGAGAUACACUCGGAUACGUUGUGUUUGUCUGCCGUCUUCUGCAGUUUUUCACUGUGUUCACACAGUAACGACUAACGAGCCCAUUUAAAUUGAAUUUAAUGUGUAAACAAUAAUUAGUUACAUUACUAGUUGCCGCCAAAAGUAGUGGAAUUACAGUAACAUGUAACUUUAUAAUGCGUUAAUCCUAACACUGCUGCCAACCUGUUUAAUGGUCCAGUGUGUAGGAUUUAGUGGCAUCUAGUGGUGAAGUUGCACAAUGCAACCAUUAGAAUACAGCUCAGCCUUCCAAGCGUGUAGGAGAAACAAUGAUAAAUGUGAAAUUCCCUAUCUCGAUCCAGUGUUUGUGCAACAUGGCAGACUCUUUGUAGAUAAUAACAGCUUAAUGUAAAGAAAACACAACAAUUCUUAUUUUCAGAUGAUACACUAAUGAAAACAUACAUAAGAAUGUUAUAUUCAUUUUCUUUCAAAUGUUAAAUAUUUAAACUCCAGUAUGUGUUUUAUACUUCAGUCUGAGUGUGUUGAUGAAUGUUGCAGGAGUGUGUAUAACAGUGUAAUAAAUACAGUGGAG